AUGACAGCUCCAACCGAUCAAUCAACAACAACAACAACCACAACAACUAGUAGUGCAACGGCACCUACUGAUACAACCACAACAAAUGAUCUUAGUUGUCUAAAGAUGGAUUCAGAUGAGGAUAAAAUAGUAGAUAGUGAAUUAAAUAAUCCUCUAUGGUUGACAUCUUUGAGAGAUGAUGUAUUCUUCUUUGAUUUGAUUGUUUUGAGAAUCCAAAAAGACUCUGAUAUUGGAUAA